AUGGGCAUCAACACAGCGAAAUACUCUUUAAGCAAGCGAUUCCAGAUACACGAAACGUACCGCACAACACAAAUGCUACUUCCUUGUGCUGUGCUUCACGCACUGUUAUAUCUCUCGUACCUUUGUCUACUAAUACCAGUCAGAGACAUAAGGGCUGAGGAGACUUUGACUGUGGGACAAUUCAACCUCUCUACUAUCAUAUUCGCUUUUCCAUCAAUGUAUGGCUUGGCGUAUCCCUUGAUUUGUCUCACGCGACACUUCUACCUGCGUCAACGUGUGGAUGACCUUCUUAGUGCAGUUCUCCAAAGAAAUCCACCAAUAACUCUCGAUCCAGCGCCAGACGAUGGACAGACUAUGCACGUGACGCCUGAACUCAGUAGCUCUCACAGUAUUCGAUCAGAACGUGAUCAACGAGUAGACUUUCAUGUAGCACCUGAACGUCACGUCGAGAUCUUAGCGACGUUUUGGGAUAGAGAGGACAUCGGACAACAACGUGCCAUGUUAUAA